CGCGUUGAGGGGUAAAGCGACGGGCAGGCACACCGUGUGGCGGUCGAGUUCGCCUCAGUCUCAACUCUUCCUGAUGUCUGACUGACUGCCUGUCCCCCACUUCUCCAGCCCAGCUCUGUUUUCUGCCUCUAAACGCCGUGUUUUCAGCAGGACAGCGCUGUUUUUCUGCUCCAGGCCUCGGCGUGAUUCGGCGAGGGCAUAGAAUGUGAUUGGAAUGGAAGCUGGAGGGCUGAUUCCCUGAUCGGGAGGAUUGGGCGAGCGCAAACAACAAGCGUCAGCUGUUCUCUAAUGAUGCAAGGAGAGGAUAAGAAAAAAAGGAAACAGAUUUUGAAUCCCAGAAGUGUGUCAGAGGACUACUGUCUCAGAGAGCGUCCAAAAGAAGAUACGACAAAGAUGAAAAAUAAAGUGUCCACUUCAAGUGCAGGUAAUAGUAAGAAGAAGCCAUGGUCGUGGGAUCAGUACUUGGAGGAAGAGCAAGCCAUAGCAGCCCAUCUCAACCUCUUCACUGAGUACCAGACAUUUCCUAACAACAAGAGUGGCUUCAGGGUGGGGAUGAGGCUGGAGGGAAUCGACCCCCUGCACCCCUCCAUGUUCUGCGUGCUGUCUGUUGCUGAGGUGAUUGGAUGCCGGUUGCGUCUCCGCAUCGACAGCUACGCAGAAUGCUAUGACUUCUGGGUAAAUGCUGACUCUCCUGAUAUCAGGCCAGUUGGAUGGUGUGAGUCCACGGGCCACAAACUUCAUCCACCAAAAGGUUAUAAGAUAAAUGAAUUUGACUGGGAGAAGUACUUGGAGGCAUGCAAUGCUCAGGCUGCACCAAAGAAUCUGUUCAAAUCCCAAAACAGCACCACACCCGCCUCAAAAUUUCAAGUGGGCAUGAAGCUGGAGGCAGUGGACAGGAAAAACCCCUGCCUGGUAUGUGUGGCUACAGUGGCAGACAUCGCAGACAAUCGUUUCCUGGUCCACUUCGACAACUGGGAUGAUACUUACGACUACUGGUGUGACGCCACUAGUCCUCACAUCCACCCUGUGGGCUGGUGCCAGGACCACGGGCGCCCUCUCACAGCACCUCAGGGACACCCCAAUCCAGAACAUUUUGUAUGGGAGGAGUACUUAGAAGAUAACAGCGCUUCUGCAGUUCCAAGCCAAGCCUUUUGUAUGAGAGCCCCUCACGGAUUUCAGGUCGGCAUGAGGUUGGAGGCGGUGGACCGGCGAAACCCCAUGCUGAUCCGCGUAGCCACCAUCGUGGACACUGAAGACUACAGAGUCAAGGUGCACUUCGAUGGUUGGCACACAAAGUUUGACUUCUGGGUAGACUCUGACCUGCCAGACCUUCAUCCUGUGGGCUGGUGUGGGAGGACAGGACAUCCUCUUGAACCUCCACUGAUAAACGCAGGACCUUCUGACCUCAAGAGCCCCGUCACACAGGGUGUGUGUCCGACCCCAGGCUGCAAGGGAGUGGGCCACAUCAAAGGCGCAAAAUACACAGGACACCACAGUGCCUUCGGCUGUCCCUACUCAGACAUUAACAUGAAGAAGGAGGUGGUGCUGCCUGAUCGGCUGGGCGGUGAAAAGCAGAUAGCUUUCGUUCCUGUGCAUUUUGUGCAGAAGACGAAGCGCCUGUUUGCAGAGGACGAGGUGGAGGCUGAGGAUGAGGUGAAAGACGAGGAAGGCCAUGUGGAGAACAGGGCGGAGUUGUCGGGUUAUGAUGGCGCUCCUCGUUUACGUGGUCGAACCCCAGGCCAAGCCAUGGUUAAACGGGAGCACAGGGAGGAAACUUCAUCUCAGGGACAGAAAGCGCCCUCUCCACUCGGCAAGAGAGGCCGACUUCCCUCCAGGCUUGCCCAGUCGACAAAAUAUCUGCGCAUCAAAGAUGAGGAGGAGGAGAUUGAACUCAAUAGCGUCAUAGCAGAGAGGAACGUGGACAGUCUUCAGCAGGCCCUGCAUCAGUCAGUCUUCCUGUCGGCCAUGUCUGCUCAUCCGGGCCGUGACCUGCCGCUGUGCUGGGAGCAGCACUGUAAACUCCUGCCGGGUGUGGCUGGUGUGCAGGCCAGUCGUGUAGCUGACUGGACAGUGGAGGAGGUGGCUGACUUCAUCCAUUCUCUCCCAGGCUGUGAAGAACAAGCCAAGCAGUUCAGAGAGGAGCAAAUCGACGGCAAGGCAUUCCUUCUUCUGACGCAGCGAGACAUCGUGAAGAUCAUGAGUGUUAAGCUCGGCCCCGCCCUCAAAAUCUACAAUUCCAUCCUGAUGUUCAAGCACGCUGAGGACAGCCAAUCAGCAAGCAGCGAUACUAAUACAUGAAGUCUAUGAAGUGUGACCCCCCCUUGAGUUGUAUGUGAACACAGAUGUCUACUGUAUUGAUGCAUUCCAGCCUCCUCCUCUCUCCACCCCUUCCAGCCACUCAGACAUAAAGGUACCCGGUAAAAGGACCUCCCCCCCUCUCUCUCUCUCUCUCUCUCUCUCUCUCUCUCUCUCUUCAAAGAGGAAGUGUUCACACCUCUGCCUUUCAGGAUCCAGUUUCUGUCACAACCUUCAAAUCUGCCUUGAAACGUAAAAAGCAAAGGUAAGCUUAACCCAUAAGCCAGCAGCAGCUCUCUAUUCUCCCACAGGCUGAACCCUCUUCCUCCAUGUCCCUCUCCUCCUCUUCCUCCUCUUCUUAAUCAUGUAAUCUCCUCCUCCCUGCAGAAAAAAAGAAAACUCAAUGAAAUGACAAUCAAUCAACCACAAAAGGUAACAAACAGCACAGCCAGCUUUCAUAACGAGGGUUGUAACAGUAAAGGUGCUUUUUAUAUCAAACACAACAGUCUGAACAGCAUUUGAUAAGCAGGUCUCAGUCUCUGCUGCAGCAUAUGAUUACAUCUGCUGACUUUUAUCCUGGGAGAGGCCCUUUGUGCUAACUGCUCCUUAUUUUAGUAUCUAUUUUGUAUAGAUGAUAUAUAUAUAUAAAUAUAUAUAAAUAUAAAUAUAUAAUUUUCUCUGUACCUGCUGAUUCAUCACCUUUAUUUAUUGUGAAAAUCUAGGUCUGUCUGUAAGGAAAAAUAAUAUAUUAUAUAUUCAGAAUUUUCAAAUGCCAAAAGGAUUUUCUUUUUUAAAUAAUGUUUAUUUUUGUGAUGUAUUGCACAUUUAGCUCAAGGUCAAAUAUCCAAAAUCUUUGGAUGGAUUCAAAUGAAUUUAAAUUGCUAUUUGAGUUGUAAUUUAAAGUAGCUAGAAUACUUUGAGUGUCAUUUUUUUGUGUUAAGUGAGUUCUAAUUCUUGAAAGUAGGUUUAUUAAAUAGGCUUUUCAGCAGUAAUUCAGGAUCUGUAAAGUCUUUCUUGUACUUUUUCUGGAAAGAUUUCUUUUCACACUGUCGACCCUCAGGGGGAAUUUUUGGUAACUGUUUAAAGGCUUCUUCUAAUGCACACCCAUGACGAUGUGUGUACAUAUUUAUAUUUGCUAUAUGUUUUUGAAUUAUUCUAACUGAAGCUGUCCAUUCAAAUGUGUUUGUACCAAUUAGUCGGACGUGAAUGAAACUUCAGCAGUGUAACUCUGUUUCUCGUCUUUUCCUGCUUUCAUGUUUUCUUUCUUUUGCCUUGGGUCGUCUCAGUCCCAAAAUAAAGAGCACCAGGUAUUCUGAUCCUUUACGAUACGUUCUCAGACUGCUGUUAAACGCAUGGUGCAGUGCUACAAUAAGCUGGUUCUAGUCUCCUGAUUCCAAAUGCCAUCUGAUUUAACCUUGAAAUGUACUGUAAAUAUUUGUUAAUCUGAUUUCUUACACUGAAUUUACACUUUGUACAACAGAACACAUUCGCAAGCUCAUGACCCAAAUAAUAAACAGUGCAAAUUCCCUAUUGA